AAGUCAUACGCCUUAUAAACUUCACUAAAAAGCUGUUUAGUUCGCUGUUAGCUGAUUUUGGAGUAUGUGUUUGUUCUCGACAUAUUUUUUAUAAUUCCGUGAAAUUGCCGUUUCUUUUAUAAAGCUUAUUGAAAUGGGGAACUCUGAGAAAACGUGUAGGCUUUGCCUCAACGUAUUUGGCGACGGCAGCUUCAAAACAAUAGAUGGAACCAUUAGAGAAGUUCUUGACGUUCUUCUGCUGAAGCUGAGCGUGGAAGAUAAUAAAUCCGUAAUAUGUAAUUCCUGUACCGUAAGACUGUUUGCCGCAUUUCAAUUCAAAGCAACUUGUAUGGAUACCGAAGACUGCAUCUUUCCUUACGUUAAUUCCGAAAAUAAGGAACCGGUCGACUUAAUGGACAUUUAUUUAAAGGAAGGAGGUAAAGAACAUUUAAAAGACAGCUUAGAAGACGAGAGGAUUUGUCGGCUGUGUAUGCAAGUAGUCCCUUGCAAGUUUACAUCAGUGGAAGAAGUUGAUGGAGAUAUGCUCCGCAAAUAUAUUCCAGAAGUGAAUUUCAGUUCCACCAAAGAACCCGUCUUGUGCGAAGUUUGUCACGAUUCGCUGGGCACCCACACGAGUUUCUUAAACGAUUGUUUGGAUGUGGAAGAGAAAAUAAGAAAUAUGUGUAACAACAAUGCGGCAGAGGGCCUGUCCUAUAUUAAAACCGAAGAUGUUGAAAUAAAACAUGAAGAAAACGAUGACGAUAGUGACGCACUGUUGGAAAUCCCAGGAGACGAACAAGUGGACUACUCGAGCGAGUGUGGCCUAACGGAUGCAGAAGCAAAGAAUUAUAGGCUCGACAGUAAGAAGCACGAAUCAAACCACAGCGAUUCGACGCAGUUAAAAAAGUACAAAUGUGACUCGUGCAAUUACGAAUCUGUCCGUAAGAAGAACCUUAGACAACACGAGUUCAUGCACAAGGCCCUACCGGCGUCCCGAAGGUACCAGUGUUAUACCUGCGGUUUUGAAACCAAACAUAGAACCUCCAUGGUGGGCCACCAACUGGUACACCGGGACUUUUCCCAAGUACGAACUUUCAAGUGCGAUGUGUGCGAUUACCAGACGAUCCACGAAUGCUCCCUCAAGCGGCACUCUUUAGCUCACACGGAUCCGUCCCAGAGAGAAUCGCACAAAUGCGACAAAUGCGACUACAAAACGCACCGUAAAAUCAACCUCACUCGCCACCGGGAAAGACACGACGAUCUGGUGCAGGCGCGGAUGUUAAAAUGUGACACUUGCAGUUACAGAGCCAAGCGCAGGAGGACUCUAGUCGCCCACCAGAAAAGCCACGAAGCGUCCGCCGAGCGAAAGUUCAAGUGUCACACGUGUGGCUUCGAAACGAAGUACAAGCAUUACCUCGUACGACAUAACUUGGCACACGGGAAACCUGCAGAGUACGAGUGUGACGUCUGCGGUUUCAAGACGAUAAAGAAGCGGGCGUUGCNAAGUGACGCACUGUUGGAAAUCCCAGGUGACGAACGCGUGGACUACUCGAGCGAGUGUGGCCUAACGGAUGCAGAAGCAAAGAAUCAUAUGCUCGACAGUAAGAAGCACGAAUCAAACCACAGCGAUUCGACGCAGUUAAAAAAGUACAAAUGUGACUCGUGCGAUUACGAAUCUGUCCGUAAGAAGAACCUUAGACAACACGAGUUCAUGCACAAGGCCCUACCGGCGUCCCGAAGGUACCAGUGUUACACCUGCGGUUUUGAAACCAAACGUAGAAACUCCAUGGUGGGCCACCAACUGGUACACCGGGACUUUUCCCAAGUACCAACUUUCAAGUGUGAUGUGUGCGAUUACCAGACGAUCCACGAAUGCUCUCUCAAGCGGCACUCUUUAGCUCACACGGAUCCGUCCCAGAUAGAAUCGCACAAAUGCGACAAAUGCGACUACAAAACCCACCGUAAAGUCAACCUCACUCGCCACCUUGAAAGACACGAUGACCUGGUGCAGGCGCGGAUGUUAAAAUGCGACACUUGCAGUUACAGAGCCAAGCGCAGGAGGACUCUUAUCGCCCACCAGAAAAGCCACGAAGCGUCCGCCGAGCGAAAGUUCAAGUGUCACACGUGCGGCUUCGAAACCAAGUACAAGCAUUACCUCGUACGACAUAACUUGGCACACGGGAAACCCGCAGAGUACGAGUGUGACGUCUGCGGUUUCAAGACGAUAAAGAAGCGGGCGUUGCAGGUGCACUGUUUAUCCCACAAGUCCCCCGCGAAGAAGUACAAGUGCCAAUUCUGCGAUUACGGGACUUCCUUUAAAGGGCACUUACAGCUUCAUAUGCUGAAACACGGGGACUGUCCCGACAUACCGACGUACUCGUGCGGGAAGUGCGAUUAUAAAACGAAGCGGAAGGGCAACCUGAAGCGCCACGAACUGUCCCACCAAGACUUUUCCCAGGCGCGCGAACACAAGUGCCACACGUGCGGUUUCCGAACCAAACACAAGGCGAACCUGGCUCGUCACCAGCUCACGCACAAAGACACGUCUCUGGUGUCGACUUACAAGUGCGACGUCUGCGGCAUGGAGACCAUUCACAAGUACAACUUCGUAAAGCACCAGGCGAUCCACAAGGACAGCUCGCAGGUGCGGAUGUACAAGUGCGACGUGUGCGACUUCGAGACGAAGCACAAGAGCAGCCUCGGGACGCACCGAGAGAAGCACACGAUUCCUCGGGGAACGGAAACUUACAAGUGCAACCUUUGCGACUACGUAACCGCCUAUAAGAACAAUUUGGCGGCCCACCGGUUCAAGCAUAAAGAUUCCCCGUUGUAUAGGUGCGAUACUUGUGACUACGAGACUAAAAGGAAGGGACACCUUUCUCGGCACAUGUUAGUACACGGUAGCUCUUCCAAGGAGCGAAAGUACAGGACCCACUAACUGCAGAAAUAUACUCCAAAGUACUAACGUCGAGUAAUGUAGGUGUUGCAGCAUACUGCAUAUUAUUCAAUUUUUUUCAUUAACAAUUUUGUCGUUUAUAACAGUAACUUCCUUACAUUUCCUUACUUUCU